AUGCGCGUCUAUUUGAUAUCCAAAGCCGCGGACCCCCUCUUCGCCAUGACAAUCGGGGCCUCGGCAGCCCUAAUCCGGAUCCGGCGCGAAGAGAGGGAGAAGCAUCCCGAGCGGGCGGGGGAGAUUGGGUUCGGAGCUGUGUUUGGUACGGGGGCGGAGAGGUUGGGGAGGUGGUGGAAUGGGGAUUUUGAUGGGAAUGCUAGUGGUGCUACCGGGGUUGCGAAGUGA